ACUGCUCAGAAUCAGAAUUCAGUUUCAAAGCUUCGCGGAAAAUGGAAAUUGAAGGGACAGAUAGAUCCAAAACCCUAAUAAAACCGGGUCAAACCCGAGAAUUCGGUCGAGGCCAGGGAUUCUCCACUGAUAAAACUAUUUCCCGCCACCACGUUUCCUUUUACCUUCCCAAAAAUGAAACCCGGGUCAAUUUCCAUGUUAUUGGCAAGAAUCCGAUUUGGGUACACACGGCUAAAAUUAAUGAAGUCAAGGCUUUUCGGAGCACCGAAAAAGGUGAAAUGGAGAGUGGUGACAUGUUUUGCGUGUCCGCAAAGAAUCCCAUUUGGUUCACUUUGAAGAAAACUGAGAUCGAGGAUUUAGAUGAUGGUGAAAAUGAAAAUGAGGUGAAAAGGGAAUUGUGUUUGGAGGGUGACUUGGCUGAGAGCUUGCAGAGUGGUUCUGGGCCAAAAGAUGUUGAAGAAUUGGAGCCCGAGUCUGUUGAUAUUUCGGGUAUAGACCCGAUUGAAGAGUUUGAGUUUGUGGUAAUGGGACACAAGUUUGAUCGCUAUCCAAAGAAAAUGAUACGUGAUAUCAAGAAUUUUGAUUGGUUUCUUGAGGAACCUGGGGAAGAUAGUGAGGAUGAUGAGAAGAAAGUAAAGACUGGAAAGCGAAGAAAGAGGAAGAAAGGUGAAGAAAACGACGAUGAGUGGACUGGGGAGAUUGAAGAGGACAAAGAGGUUAUUACAAAGUCGAGGAAUGUUCAAAGACCUAAAUAUACGACAAGGUCCAAGGAUAGUAAUAAAUUGGAUAAGGAUACAAGCAAAAGUAAACGCACAACCGGAAUGAGAAGUAGAACUGUGGAUGGGGAAGAUGAAGAUGAUGAAACGUUGGGAGGCUUCAUUGUUACCGAUGAAGAUUCUGAAGAAGAGGAAGAAGACGUUGAUGGGGAAGAGGAAGAUGAAGAAGAAUUGGGGGGCGAUUUUGAUGAAGAUGAUGAAUAACAACUGGAAAAAGUUAGCAUUGUUGAAGAAUGGAAUUUGCUCAAGUUGAUCUGAAGAUGUAAAUCCCUUAAAGGAAAUAGUUUGUAGUUAGUAAAGCUUGUUCAAUUCUAGCGCAACUCAUAUUAAUUUUGUAUUAAGGGGAUAUUUAAUACGAUUUUGUUCAUUCUUUUGUUCUAGUUUGGACUUUGUAGAGCUUGUAGUAA